AUGACUACCACGCAGUGUGACCAGAUACAACAGUUUUCGGAAUGCCAUGGAGCCACCCCAGUUCCACACUCUGGAACUAGCAAAAUACUAAAGUUAGUGCCUGCGUCUAAAGUUGUUGGUGCGGCGCUCAGUUGCGAAACUGCGACCAAGACGUUUGGAGUUUUUCAGGUAAGCACUGGGAACUGCACCGGCAACAUGGUUCUCUCCAAGCCCCUGUACUCGCUCCUUGGCACUUAUCUGGAGCAGCUCUUCAACCACCCGGUCCGCACCAAGUCCAUUACGGCAUGUGUGCUGGCCACCUCGGCGAAUGUCACCUCCCAGCGUUUGGCGGGGGCCAAGACCCUCAACCAGCAUAGUGUAUUCGCCUACGGACUCUACGGACUGAUCUUCGGCGGUAGUGUGCCGCACUACUUCUACACGACGGUGGAGCGACUCAUCAGCCAGGAUGUGCGCUUCAGGAGGUUCUUCCUGUUCCUCUCCGAGCGACUGGUCUAUGCUCCGAUUUACCAGGCACUAUCCCUGUUUUUCUUGACCCUUUUCGAGGGCAAGACUCCCAGCACGGCAUUGAAGAAUGUUGAGAAGCUCUACUGGCCUCUGCUCAAGGCCAACUGGCAGUACCUCUCAGUGUUCGUGUACCUCAACUUCGCCUACGUGCCCCCGAUGUUCCGGUCCAUCAGCAUGGCCAUCAUCUCCUUCAUCUGGGUGGUGUACAUCGCCCAGAGGCGUCGCCGCUUCCAGGAAAAGCAGGCAGCCAAAGAGGCCGCCAAAUAGGCUAUCCGACCCUUAAACCCAGUGGUAGCCGUCUUUGCCUAAAUAUUCCAAUUACAGUUUAGAUUACGGCUGAACUGCUUCAAGUUCUUUAUCUGCCCGCGUUCCGGCGGAUUGCAAAAAGUCCGUGUGUGUUUGAGGACUUUAGAUAAGCUAAAACUAAGUGGAGGGCGCCUUAUCAACCGACUGUUGUUAUACCUUAAAUUUUGUAAACUUUUCGUACUAAAAUAAACUAAUAUACAAUGUA